CCGCCUCUCCUCCCCUCACCUCCCCCAACUCCGGCUGAUUCACCCCACGCCCUUGGACUGGGCCCUCAGAAACUGGAAAGAUGGAAACAAUUUCCAGGAUAUCCUCGAUGCUGGAGACAGCCCGAGAGCUCACUUUAGAGGCUGCCCAGUCCGCUGCUAUUAAUCGAAGCUCGAAACCAGAUUACUCGUCACGAACUUACAGCGUUGCUCAUAUUAAGAAGCUGCUUGACAGUCGCCAUGAGCGGGAAGUGCUGGAUGGAAUGCGGAGGGUCAUCUCGUUGAUGUACCGCUCCGAGCCCUCCCUCACGUUCUUUUCUGCGGUUGUCAAAAAUGUGGCCAGCGCCAACCUUGAAGUCAAGAAAUUGGUCUACAUCUAUUUGGUCCAUCAUGCGGAGGCUGAACCGGAUUUGGCACUGCUCUCUAUCAACGCGAUUCAGAAAUCUCUGACCGAUUCCAAUCCUCAGGUCCGGACUAUGGCGCUUCGUACUAUGUCUGGCAUCCGAGUUCCAGUAAUCAGCCAGAUCGUAUCAUUGGCUAUCAAGAGAGGAUGCGGAGAUAUGAGUCCACAUGUGCGCAAGGCGGCUGCUUUGGCUAUCCCCAAGUGCUAUCGUUUAGACCCCAACACUCUGCCGCAGUUGAUGGGUUAUCUUUCGACACUUCUGGGCGAUUCCCAGUACUUUGUGGUUGGUCCCGCAGUUGCCGCAUUCUUGGAUUUGUGCCCGGACGAGAUCGACUUGAUUCACAAAAACUACCGCAGCCUGGUCAAAAAGUUGGUUGAUAUGGACGAGUGGGGUCAGCUUGCGACUCUGCGCUUGUUGACUUUCUAUGCGCGGAAGUGUUUCCCUCGUCGAACUCAAAUGGUUAAGCCCUCAGCGCCUGAGGCUUUCUAUGAUGACGAGGAACAGCAGGACAACCAGAAUGACGGUGAGGAGUAUGAAGUACCGGUGAUGGAUCCCGAUCUUGAACUUCUAUUGCGGACCUGUAAGAAUCUUCUUCAGAGCCGAAACUCUGCCGUCAUUGUCAGUGUUGUCCGCUGUUUCCUUCACCUUGCUCCCUCGGAAUAUCUUGAGUCAGCUAUUGGUCCUCUUGUGGCCCUUCUACGGAGCCCGCAGGACAUGCAACUCAUCGCUCUAUACAACAUUGUUGCCGUUGCUUUGAGAAAUCCUAGGCCUUUCGCGCGAUACACUGCCCACUUCCUUGUUCAUGCAAAUGACCCACCCCACAUCUGGCAUCUCAAAUUGGAAGUGUUGACCAUUCUGUUCCCGCAUUGUGGGAAACACUGGAAAGGUGUCAUUAUCAGCGAACUGGAGCAUUUCUCGAAGGGUACGGACCCUGACCUGGUGCGAGAGAGUGUACGGGCCAUUGGGCGCUGUGCACAAGGAGACACGAGCACAUCAGGCAUGUGUUUGCGGAUCUUGCUCAGCCAGAUCUCUAGUUUGGAUGGAAACCUUGUGUCAGAGUCGUUGACUGUCAUUCGCCACUUGAUCCAACAAGAUCCAGCCUCACAUAAAAACACAGUUCUUCAGCUUGUUAAGCACCUCGGUUCAACAACUCAUCCAGAUGCACGAGCCACCAUUGUUUGGCUAGUUGGGGAGUUCGCUGGUGUUGACCCAGCAAACAACAUUGCAUCUGACGUCCUCCGCGUCCUCGUCAAAGGAUUCGCAGAUGAGACUGAAAUGGUUAAGCAGCAAAUUGUUCUCCUCGGCGCCAAAGUGUAUCUUCAUCAUCUCCUGCAAAACCCACCAAAAGAACAGCCCGAACAACCUCUAUCUUCCACAGUGCCCGAAAAAUCCGCUACCCAGCAGGAGUUUCAAAAUGAGUGGAAUGAUAAUGGCACUGAAGGGCCGCAAGAUGCUGACCAACCAGAAGAAGAAGAGCACACAGAAAAGGCCGAUGAACCAGAAGCAAAGGAGGAAGAAGAAGACCGCAUCACCCUGCUGUGGCGCUAUAUCCUUCUUCUCGCACGCUAUGACACAUCGUACGACCUCCGCGAUCGAGCCCGUCUCUACAAAAGUCUUUUAGAAACACCCUCCUCUACCCAAUUAGCCAACCUCCUUCUCCUGGCACCAAAGCCAGUUCCCCACGCCCCAAGCCCAUCCGAAACCCGAAAGGACUUGCUCAUCGGCUCUGCCACGCUAGUAGUCGGGAACGAUGCUGGCUACCAUGGUCUUCGCGGCUACACAAACCUACCAGACUGGGUUGAGCUAGGCCAAGAACCAGACCCAAGUCUCCGCGUUGAAGAUGUAAAGCCAGAUACAUCCGCCACCCAUGCUUCUCUUACCGCCGGUGCCCGUCUUGAUAAGGCCCUAAAAGAGCACCAGAGCACUUCUACCUCGGCCCGGAACAGGAACGGUGUACCUGUGCCUGCUGACCCCGCUGGGAAAAAGACACUGGACCAGUGGCUACAAGAAGAGUCCGAGGAAGAAACCGAGACGGAAUCUGAGACGGACUCGGAGGGUGAGACGGAUUCUGAGGAUGAGGAGUCCGGCUCAGAGGAGGAGUCUAACGAGGAUGAGGAUGAAGAAGAUGAUGAUGAUGAUUCCGAAGAAGAAACGGACUCUGAAAGCGAGGCUAUUCAUAAAGAAUCUCGGCAGUUGCUUGGAUGA